AUGCUGCUGUCUCUCUUCCUCCCCUUCUUACCUUCUGCCUGCACCCCACGUCCUCCCUCCCUACGCCUCCGUCGCUGGCAGCUGGUGCGGCUUCCCCGCCGCGGCCGCCAGCGACGGCUGGGCUCCUCAGUGGAACAGGGAACAUCGAACAACAGCAGCUGCUGCAGCGGUCUUCCACGACAGCUGCAACAACCGCAGCUGCAGCAGCAUCCGGUGAAGGACAGCAAUCCGAGAAAACCUGAAACCAAUGAAGAAAUUGCCGUUCAGGUGCCGGAGUGUCUCACCAACUCUUUGGCCCUCUUCCUCAUCCAUCUCAAACUACAGCGGGCUGUGCAGAACACCCUUUCACAAACGGAAAUUCUUGCCCUAUGCCUCCUCGCAAGGGAGCGCAGGCAACGGCUGCCUCCCUCCACUCCUACUGCAACGAAGGCGAAACCCAUAGCAGAUAAGGUGGCCCAUUCCUCUGCUGAGGGACAGGCCCCCUGCUUUGCUAACGGGGGAACCCCCUGCUUUACCGAUGGCCGAUACCCCUGCUCAGCUGAUGGGUGCUCUGGUAGCCCAUCUCAGCAGUGCAGAGGCCCCACAUGUGCCUCCCUUCCCUCGGCGUUCGCAACAGCUGUGGGGGGGAGGAGGUUUCGCAUUGACCCUUUGGACGUUUGUGUUUUGUUGGCUUCCCAGCGCCUUCAGUUGGACGAUUUGUCUCUACUUGAUGAUCUAGAGUCAGUCGCAGCAGAGACAGAGGCGGCACAUGAGAAAGAAAACAAGUGGUGGAGGUGGGCAACGAUGCUGGGGAUAAACCGCACGCGCGGAGAUAUCUGGAAGUCUGCAGCAGCUAAGCUACAGCAGCAGCAGCAGAAGCAAGAACAGCAGCAACACCACCGCCUUGUGCGUCGCCGCCGCAAGAAGAGCCUCGUAGCCGAGGAAUCGCUUCCGCCGUUUCCUGUCCUGGCAACAUCGCCCUGCAGCGCUGCUGCAGCAAACAACAAAAACAACAACAUAAAGAAAACAGCACUUGGAGCGCCAGCAGUAACACUAUCAGCAUCCGCAGCAGCCGAAAGUGGCUUCGCGCCUCUGCGUGGGCCUGGCAGUAUGCAGCUGGGCCUCUGCCCAGAUGCUGCAGCCACCGCAGGGGCCCCCGAGGCCCCAGGACGGUUCCCCACUGGCGCGUCUCUGGAGGCCCUGUCCCCAGCCAGCAGACACUGGGGCGACUGCACCUCUUUGCGAGGACCAGGAGCCCCUUCUUUUCACCCUUUUCGUUCGGACGAGGCUGGCGCAGAAGCACCAGCAUCAGCAGUGGGUGAACCAGCUGCAGCAGCAGGGAAUGAGGCGGCAGCAGCAGCAGCAGGGGAGGCAGCAGCUGCAGCAGUGGCACGUCUCAGUAGAAACUGCCUCGCGCUGCUUGGACAUUCUUGUCAAUGGCCUCUCGCAGCCUCUUGCACAGGGGGUCCGCGAGCUCUGGUAUCUGAUCCCGCAGGGGGUUCCCCCCGUGCAUCUCAGGGGCCCCCCUCCUUAGGAGAAGACUGGAAGAGUGCUGUGGGGUUUCGGGAAGGUCGGAGGGGCAGCAGCAGCAGAAGGCGGGUGACGCUGCGGCGGCGGCAGCGUCUCUCUCCUUUGGACCCCCCUUACGACGCGCAUGCGUUGCUGCUGCACCCCUUCUGCGCUGCUCCUGCUGCUGCUCUACCCGAUGCAGAGACAGCCCGGGCUGCGGAGGUGCAUGAAGUCGCUCUUGACUUCCUCAGCAGGACCAAGGGGACGCAAGGAUGCCCCCAGUGUAUUCGCGGCGAACCAAGAAAGGGAGACAAACAAAACCCGACAAAUGCAUCCCCUUGUCCCCACCACCAGCGCCUGCACUACACCAAAGUCGGUGAGCAUGGCGCCUGUCUCCCGGAUCCCCUUGUCCCCACCACCAGCGCCUGCACUACACCAAAGUCGGCAGAGGCGAUCUUGCGGGACCUCAUCCUUGAGAACAAAUUCACUUCUGUACACUUGGUAAGGCGAGAAGCAACCAAAACGGCAGAUAACGCAGGGGACCUAGAGUCAGGAAUAUUGAUGUUGGCCAUUCUUUUGGGGGGUUGGUUGCUGCAGAGUUAUGUGAAAUUUUACCUGUUGGCUUUGUGA